GUAUUCAUUAUUUGACUGGCACUUUUGCAUGCGUUUCAGACAAUGAACCAGGAAAUGGUUCAGUUCAGAGAAAUCGAAACUAAACUGCUGUCGAACUGUUGUGAAUGUCUCUCCAGCUGUGUCUGUGUUCAGUAAAAUGGCAGAAUCCAGUGUUUCUUUGGCUCAGGAUCAGUUCAGCUGUCCGAUCUGUCUGGAUCUACUGAAGGAUCCAGUGGCCAUUCCCUGUGGACACAGUUACUGUAUGAGCUGUAUUACAGACUGCUGGGAUCAAGAUGAUCAGAAGGGAGUCUACAGCUGCCCUCAGUGCAGACAGACCUUCACUCUUAGACCUGUUUUAGGUAAAAACACCAUGCUGGCUGAAGUAGUGGAGAAACUAAAGAUGACAAAACUCCAGGCUGCUCGUCCUGCUCAAAGUCACUCUGGAUCUGGAGAUGUGGAGUGUGACAUCUGUACUGGGGACAAAAACAAAGCCAUCAAGUCCUGUCUGGUGUGUCUGGAAUCUUACUGUCAAUCCCAUUUUGAACGUCAUGAAGAAUUUCACUCUGGAAAGCGACACAAAUUGACUGAUGCCACUGGACAACUGCAGGAGAUGAUCUGUCCUCUACAUGAUAAACUGCUGGAGAUUUUCUGUCGUACUGAUCAACAGUGUAUAUGUUAUCUCUGUAUGUUGGAUAAACACAAAAACCAUGAAACUGUAUCAGCUGCAGCAGAGAGGACUGAGAAACAGAUACAAUUGGGUGAAAUGCAGAGAAAAUAUCAGGAGAGAAUCCAGGAGAGACAGAAGGAGCUUGAGGAGCUGAAAGAGGCAGUAGAGUCUCACAAGCGCUCUGCACAGACAGCAGUGGAGGACAGUGAGAGGAUCUUUACUGAGCUGAUCCGCUCCAUUGAGAGAAGCCGCUCUGAGGUGACACAGCUGAUCAGAGAUCAGGAAAAGGCUGAAGUGAGUCGAGCUGAAGGACAACUGGAGCAACUGGAGCAGGAGAUUGAAGAUCUGAGGAGGAGAGAUGCUGAGCUGGAGCAGCUUUCACACACAGACAAUCACAUCCAUUUCCUCCAGAGUUUCCAGUCUCUCUCGGUUCCUCCUGCAUCUACAAACUCACCCAGCAUCACUGUCAGUUUUCGCCUCUCUUUUGAUGAUGUUAGUAAAUCUGUGUCUCAUCUGAAAGAAAAACUGGAGAAUUUCUGCAGAGAGGAGAUAGAAAAGAUUCAUGAUAAAGCAAAAUAUAUUGAGAUCAUUCCCACCCUUGAAUACAAACAAGGAACGAGUUUCUACAGUAUUUCUUCCAGUUCAAGUGGAUUUGAACACGGUACAUAAAAACCUCCGUCUGUCUAAGUGGAACAGAGUGAUAAAAUCCACUUCUAAAGAACAGAGUUAUCCUGAUCAUCCAGACAGAUUUGACACUGUGGAGCAGGUGUUGAGUGAAGAGAGUGUGUGUGGACGCUGUUACUGGGAGGUUGAGUGGAGUGGUGAUGUGGACAUAUCAGUGUCAUUUAAGAGCAUCAGCAGGAAUGGAAGGGGGAUGAUAAUGAUGACAGUUGUGACACAUGUGAGUUUGGACGUAAUGAUCAGUCCUGGAGUUUGUUCUGCUCUGACUCUUGUUGCUCAUUCUGGCAUAAUAAUGAAGGGACUGCACUCCCUGUAGCCUCCAGCUCCUCU